AUGGCUUUGCCUAGAGAUAAGUCACGCGCGCAAACCCACAAUCAGCAUACGCAGCAUCAGGGAGAAAACAGCACGCAUUACGUGGAACGGGUGGAACCAGAGCAAACAGACAAACUUGGGCGGAGCUCAGAUUCAGACAGCACUUUAUACAUCUUCCCGAUCGAAAUAGACGGCGUCCUCUAUGGAGAUCCCGCGCAACCGGCCACUAAGAAAGAAACAUGUUUUCCAAAGCGGCGACUUUCGAUUGAAGGAGAAUAUGAAACAAGCGGUGCCCAGAGCAAGCUUCACACUGGAGCAUCCUUGACUUCUACGUUUGAUCCAGGAAGUCUGGGCGCGCGACCCGAACCAAUGGACGACGACGAUCCCAGUGACUCGCUUCUGAUAGAAGCACCACUCUCUGAGUCUGAAUCCGAAGAAGCACCACUUUCCGAGCCUGCAUCCGAGGAUCCUGAAUGCACUACACAAAGCCAAUCGCACUCAGAAUCACACUCAGUGGUGCAGCAAGGCAAACCGCACCAACUUCCAAAAUCAUGGCAUGACUGGAUUGUCGAGCUAUUUGCCGGGCGCAAGGCUGCUUCCAAUGCCUCGAGCAAGACUACAACAUGGAGCAGCAAUAAGACUACAUGCAGUAUCGCAUGCAGCACUACGUCUAACGGUCAGGCUUCACUGCCGUCCAUGACCAGUAAUGAAGACAACACCAAUUGCACCCCUCCUCAACAACCACCACGACUUCCCCUCUCAUCAGUCAUCCCUUCAGUCCGCGUACCCAUGCCUCCUCGCAUCGCCCAUCGCCUACGCUAUGUCGAGAUUCUGCCCGCCCCCAUGACCGUCUACACAGGCUACGCCGUGGUCGCGCCCGACGUCUUCAACCCGCAGAUCGUGGAGCGCGGAUUCAACGUGCCUAAAACAGGUCCAGCGACAGCACCUGCUGCAACGCGGCGCCACGACCCGAAUUCCAGACUGCUGGACCGAAACGGAAAUACGUGGGCGGUAUGGAACCAGCGGAAUGCAACCGCAGCUGACCUGCCUUUUGCACGCACACCUCCGACCAACAGGUCCAGUUUUGCACCUUCUAAUGACAAGACGGCGCGGAAAGUGUAGUGUUUGCAGAUGGUAUUGGAGUCUGCAGGUGAAUUUUGGAGUUGAUGGGUAUUAUCGAUUUAUCCCCUAAUGCACUAAUCGUGGUUUUUUGUUUGCGCGGUAAGGAUACAAAGGAUAAUGUCGAUGACACGGUAAU